AUGGGCCCAAUCGAGGUGGCGCUUUUUCAGACUUGGCCGCAGGUGCAAGAUAUCACUUCGUUUGUGCUGACCGACCUGAAAGCUGGUGAGACUCAGGGGUUCUAUAAGCUUGUGCUCUUGGACACCCCGAUGAACCCCGUGGGCAUCAUCGUCCGAAGCCACUCGACUGAUGCCUGGUACGGGGAAUGGAUCGAGGUUGAGAUUGAAGGUCUUGGAAUGCACCGGUUCGCCAUGGAUGGCUGGACAGUCUCCCCAGCAGAUCGGCAGGCCCGCCGCAUUACUCAGGGACUUCGGGAUCCUCCGCUGCUGCCCACAAUUAUGCCACCACCACAGGUGGAACUUUGGGAAUCUCAUGCCUUUGUUCUAGAACCCUGUGGCGGUUGUUUGCCGGGCUUUGAAUGCAUGGAGGAAGAAGCUCCUAUGGUGGACCGUUUGCAACGUGAGGCCGAGCUGAACCUUGUCUAUGAUGAAGACGGUGGCGUUAGUGAUCCAGAAGGAGCAAAACGAACUGUAUUUCGAGCGAUGUGCCGUCCAAUCUGUGGAGACGGUGUGGCCCAGCCAGGGGAGCAAUGUGACGAUGGCAACUUGCGCUCAAUGGACGGCUGCAAUGGCCUUUGUAAGGUGGAGCAAGGCUUUGAGUGCUCCAACUUGGCCGGCAGCCCUAGCAGCUGUUGGCCAAGGCUCUGUGAUGGCAACACUGGGUUCCAAAGUUGGUCUGGCAGGAAAGGUGGCUAUUUUCCUGAAUAUG